AUGGCAUCCAGUGGUCAAGACAAUCAAAAACAGCAAUCUCUGGAAAUCGAAAUUGACGGCCGUCUUUCUAUUGAACACCAAAUUGAAGUCUAUAUUCAUGAUCUGUUUGAUGUCAAGAAAGAUAGUGGCCUCCUUCUAGACACGUUGGAAGGACUCCGCUAUCUGAUGGAUUUUCGCAUCAAAGGCGGUCAACACCCGCACUUGGAUGUGGAAUUGAUGCAACGUUUGCUGAAAGGUUUACUGCUAAAUACAGGCCGAACAGAGGGUCAACUGAUUCGGAAACGCAGCACCGCCGAGGCAGAUAUGGCCUUUUUCUUGAUGAUCGAUUUUUUGCAGCAAGUGGAGGAAUGUCGCACAGUAGCUCUUCAAAUACCUGUAUUUGAACUGAGGGAUCGACUCAAGAUACAUUACAGAUGUCAAUCGUGGUCCACGCCGGAGCAAAAAAACGGUGCUGUUACCAUGGUUCAAUUACUGACAAGCAGCAAUUAUGGAGGUGCCUAUGACUGGAAAGAUCUGAUCAAGAAGGAUGAGCAAGAUGUCAUGAAGGAGUUAAUGGAGAAACAACCUGCGGCCACAAAAGACACAGCUUAUUCUUCGCCUGCUCUGUUGCUGCCUCCUCAAGCCCUCUAUUUUGAUAGAUCGGUUGGUAAGCUAAUGCGGAUGUAUCCCAGCAGUCGACCAGACACUGGACUCUCAUCGACAGCUAUUGAAUCUCUUCAUAAACAUUACGGGUACAAUCAGUUACCUGAUCCACCCAAACCAAGUGCACUCAAGAUGCUUUGGUAUCAGUUGACUGAUUUCAUGGUAGUCAUUCUACUCGUAGCAGCAAUAGUGGAGGCCGCAGAGAAAGAUUUCAAUAGCAUGUCAGUGCUGAUUGCUGUCAUUGUCCUUAAUACCAUCAUUGGAUUCAGCCAGGAAUGGAAAGCAAGCAAGACUUUAAAUGCUUUGAUGAAUUUAGCAGUUCCCAAGGCUAGAGUCAUCCGUGAUGGAAAACAAGACUUGAUUGCAUCGCAAGAUCUGGUCCCUGGUGAUGUGGUGGUUUUGGAAGAAGGUGAUGCUGUGCCUGCUGAUCUACGUUUGGUCGAUGUUUCGCAACUGCAAGUGGUGGAGAGCAUCUUGACUGGAGAAAGCUUACCUGUGAUGAAGAGCAAUAGUGCCAUUAAAGCAAGGACGCGACGUAUCCCAAUAGGCGAUUGUAAAGGAAAUACGUUCAUGUCGACUACAGUUGCUCGCGGGAGAGCUGUCGGUAUCGUUGUACGGAUAGGCCAAGAUACUGAAAUUGGCAGGAUAAGUGCAGCUAUCCAGCAAGGUUCACUUCAUAAAUCAAAGACACCGAUACAGAUGAAACUAGACAGAUUAGGAAAGCAGCUGGUGCUCUUGUCGAUUGUGUUAUGUCUGUUGGUAGUAGCUAUAGGGUUGGCUUGGAAGAAGGAUAUCAAGCACAUGUUGAAUGUGGGGCUGAGUUUGGCUGUUUCGGUUAUCCCUGAGGGUUUAGUUGCUGUAACCACUGUUACAAUGGCGCUUGGUGUUCGUCGUAUGGCAGCAAAUCAUUGCAUUGUGAGAACGUUACCAGCAGUAGAGUCUUUGGGCAGUGUCACAGUUAUUUGCUCGGAUAAGACAGGAACAUUGACUGAAGGCAAAAUGGGAGUGUCAAAGCUAUGGACAAGCGAUGACGUUUUAUACGAAUUUACUGAUUCAACCUCGCUGGACCCUGAAAAAGGCUCUAUUUUGCACAGUGUCAGUAGUUCCUCGACAAAUUCAUCAGUCUCCACACUUGUAAACAGCAGCUCAGAAGACAUCAACCCCAAGAUACUCACCAACGAGAGCAUCAAUACACUGGCUACCGAGACAACAGUAGUAUACCCAUCUCCUCACAUCCCGAAAACCUACCCUCAACAUGCAGCCAUGAUACCACUAGACACAAACCACAAAGAAAACUAUCCAUCCCAUCUACAGCAAGCACUCAUGAUUACGUCUCUGUGCAACAACGCAUCAAUUGCUAUGAACGCCAUUACAAAAGAGUGGAAGACUGUAGGUGACCCCACGGAAAUAGCACUUGUCGUUGCAUCUCAAAAGGCCAGACUAGGUAAAAGUUACUGGGAAUCAGAGCAUGGCUAUCAGCGUAUACAUGAACAGGCAUUUGACUCGGAACGUAAAUUAAUGAGCGUCGUGUAUCAACAUGAGGAUCAACAUAUCAUGCUUUGCAAAGGAGCCCCUGAAGAGCUACUGAGGAAAUGCAAGUAUUAUGGAAACAGCAACCAGCUUUUGCAGGACGAUGGCGAGGAGGUGGAGGACGGUUUCAGCGAGAGAGUAUCACAAGAAAGCUCUCGUAUGGCCAGCCAAGGAUUGCGUGUCCUCGGCCUUGCGUUCAAACGGUGUUGCCCUGACGAAAACUACUCUGAGAAUGAUUUGAUAUUUAUUGGACUGAUUGGACUGAUCGAUCCACCAAAAGAUGGAGUGAAGGAAGCUAUUGUUACGUGUCAAGAGGCAGGCAUCAGCGUCAAGAUGAUAACAGGAGACCAUGUUAAAACGGCAACUGCCAUCGCAACACAACUGGGUAUAUUCGAUCCCAACCACCUCGAUAAGAACCGAGCGAUUCUGGGGCAGGAGCUCGAUUUACUCUCACAGGAUGCCAUCAUUGCUUUGGAUCCAUUUCCCUGUGUAUUUGCAAGAGUGAGUCCAGAUAACAAGCUCAAGAUUGUACAAGCAUUGCAACAACGAGGAGAGUUAGUUGCCAUGACAGGAGAUGGUGUGAAUGAUGCGCCUGCUAUCAAAUGUGCUGAUGUUGGUGUUGCAAUGGGUGGAGAAGCUGGUACAGAAAUCACAAAACAAGCAGCCGACCUUGUUUUGCUCGAUGAUAACUUUUCUACCAUUAUUGAAGCAGUGGAAGAAGGCAGACAUGUGUUUGAUAACAUCCUCAAGUUCAUCGUCUAUCUCUUGAGUUGCAAUGGAGCAGAGAUCUUCCUUAUGCUGAUUUGUGCUAUAGCCAAUUUAGAAACACCACUGACAGUAAUGAUGAUUUUGUUUGCAAAUAUCAUUGCAGAUAUCCCACCCGCCAUGGCAUUAGGUAUGGAGCCGGCAGAGGUCGGGUUGAUGAAGAGGAAACCACGCAGCCCCAAUCAAGGCGUUUUGACAAGAGUGACAUGGCUGAUCAUCUUUAUCCAGUCCAUGUUGAUUGCAGUGUUAACGGUUACCGUGUACGUGAUUUCAAUCAAGUGCUUUCAUUACAGUCUCGCAUCCGCGCAAUCAUUGGCAAGUGUUCAUCUCCAUGUGCUACGUUUCUCUAAAGAUUGGCAAAUAUAUUGA